GGAAAGUGGCAGAGCCAGUGAGUGGCUGAAGAUGGCAGCCACUUACAGAAACGCUUGCAUCCUUGCCAGUUGCCAGCCUAAGGAGCAUCACGUGGCCAUGGAAAUCCAAGUGUUUCUAUCCCACAGCCCAUCUAUGGGAGGCGGAUUAUAUCUCUAGGCAAUAGCAGCCAAUGUUCCAGUUUCAUAUUUUUAUUGGCAUCGUAAACAAACAAGCGGGAGACUAUCUGGGAGGUUGCGUGCGGCAGCCAGCGCAAUUCAUAUCGCAUUUCUUUUUGUAGCAACUUAAAGUGAAGGAGUGCUCAGUGGUGUGGCACAUGGCAUAUGGAUGUCCUUACUGAUUUGGUCAUAUCCACACCUAGAAAGAGCUUGCAGGAUUGGUCUGUCAGUCACCAUCAGCACACAUGGCCUGCCCAGCAUUCCCAUGGACCGUUUUUAGGAAUAAAACACCUUUCCCUGGUGAGCAUUGUCCACUGCCUCCUCUCCAGUGAGCACGAGUGAAGUGCACAAAGCGUUCCUCUCUGAAAUGUGGACACACUUUGGGGCCACAGCAAGCAGAUGUGUGCCGAUUAACCACCGAAAACCAUGCCAACAUUGUAACUGUAAGCAGUGAAAACCAAUAUUUAUGAGGGGGAUUGUGCAAGAGUUUGCGUGACAGAUGGACAUUUUAUCACUGUUGAUGUUUGGAAUUCCCUUGAAAAAUACAGAUCCACGUGUGUUAGAAAAACAAGAAUUACAGCAGCCAACCUAUGUUGCCCUCAGUUACAUUAAUAGAUUCAUGACUGAUGCUGCCCGCCGGGAGCAGGAGUCCCUCAAGAAGAAGAUCCAGCCGAAGCUCUCACUGACCUUGUCCAGCUCCGUGUCUCGGGGGAAUGUGUCCACGCCGCCGCGCCACAGCAGUGGAAGCCUUACUCCCCCCGUGACCCCGCCCAUCACGCCCUCCUCUUCAUUCCGCAGCAGCACCCCGACAGGCAGUGAGUACGACGAGGAGGAGGUGGACUACGAGGAGUCGGACAGCGAUGAGUCCUGGACCACAGAGAGCGCCAUCAGCUCCGAGGCCAUCCUCAGCUCCAUGUGCAUGAACGGAGGGGAGGAGAAGCCUUUUGCCUGCCCAGUUCCUGGAUGUAAAAAGAGAUACAAGAAUGUGAAUGGCAUAAAGUACCAUGCUAAGAAUGGCCACAGAACACAGAUUCGUGUCCGCAAACCAUUCAAAUGUCGUUGUGGUAAGAGUUACAAGACAGCUCAGGGCCUGCGGCACCACACAAUCAAUUUCCAUCCCCCGGUGUCGGCUGAGAUUAUCAGGAAGAUGCAGCAAUAACAUGCUGGUCAUAACUGUGCCAAGGAAUCCUCACCAGCAGUUGCUGAUUUUGAAAACAGCCACCUUUUUUCAGGGGAAGCAUUCAGCCACCCUUUAAAGAAGUAAAUGCAUGCUUUAAAUUUUUUCUGUAAUUUUGGAAUGAUGUAUCUUUGUAGAGUUAAUGAUUUUGUACAUUUGCACAUGUAAUCAUCAUAUCCAUUUUCAUUACUUUGAUAUAAGGUGCUAAAAAAAAAAAAAAAGCUCUAGGUUCUCAGCACAUUUCCCCCAAAACAAAUAUGGUUGAGGGCAUGUUGCAUAUUGUUCAGUUGUAUUGCAGUGAUAGCAGUUGGGGGAGGAGGGGCUGGCACAGAGGUUUGCUUCCCCCCACCCCCAAGAUUUGUAGUGUGACUGAGGUUUUUUCAACACAUUAACUAUCUUCAAAACCAAAAUAAUACCUUCAUUAUCAAACUGGUUAUCAUGCCUUACAUAAUGGAGUUAGUAUUUGUGAGUAGAAAGACUUUAGGUAAUUGAAAUAUAAAUUAAGAAAGUAUGUUUAACAUAUGCUAAAAAUAUUUUCAUAUUUAAAUAACAUACAUAAAAGGUAUGCUUUUCUGUGUUUAUAUUAUCUUGCAAGUCCUUUUGCCCUUUAAAAAGCUGAAAAUCUUGCCAUCUGACUUACCAAUUACUUGUGUUAUAAAUGGCGUUUUUGUACAAUAGUCUGUUCAGUUCACUCAUUAAUUUAACACACUUAUUGAGUGCAAGGUAUUCCAUUUAUGUCUAUUGAUACUUGCAGAACAAAGUACCAAUUUAGUGAAAUAUGUUUCCUUGAAAUCUGUUAGGAAACAUUUUGAAAUACAUACAAAUUUUGUGUAAAAUUUAUUUCUAUCUUCAUCUUUAGGUGAAGUUUUAAAGCACUUUGUAGUUCUCUAUUGCCAACAGAUUUAAUGUUUUAUGUGUUGCCAAUUCUUACAACCACUGCCCUAACAAACCUGUGGGUUACAAAUAAGAAAAUUCCAAGCAUGGUUCAAAGGGGAACAUUUUUGUUUAGGCUCCUACUGCCUCCUCUUCAUGUUCGUUGUGUUUAGACUUUAAAGGCACUUUUCCUAUCACAUUGUAGAUGUCUGUGUUCCACUGGAAACGUCUGUUUAGCUUUAUAAAACAAUUUGCCGAAAUGAAAUUGAGCCUUAUUGAGAAUUAAGUGCUUUCUUGCAGCAGGUGGUCAAAGAAUGACUAAUAUAUGACCCAUUAGAAUAACUCUACGUCUGGACCAUUCCUGAAGUUUUUCUCACCAACAAUACUGUCAUGCCUUGAGUGUUCUUUUCUCCCAAGUGCUAUUCCUUGAACAUGAGUUUACCAGUUGCUUAAUUAUGCAAUAAAAAUUGCUUUGAGGUGGCCAACUGCUCACAAAACUGGUAAAACGCAAACUUGCAUUGCUUAUAAAAUAAUUUUCUUCCCAUGUUUCUGUUAGCCAGAUGAGUAAGCUUCUAUAUUCUUAAGUUGUGAAUCCCUCAUAAUGAGGGAUUUUUAAGUAUUUAUAAAGACACUGCCCUUUAAAAAUUUCCUCAGAUCUCUGAAGCAUGGUCUUGGUCCUAAUAUACAGUGCUAUUCUGUAUGUUGAAAAGGGUAAUCUAGACAGAAAAAAACAUUAGUUGGUGCAUAAGAAGGCCCUACUGGCUAUUACACAUUUACCUAUAAUUGACCAAAAAUUUUUUAGGCCAUCAGUUACUUAGCUUUUGCUCUUUCUAGUGCAAGAAAUUGCAGGCUGGAUCAGCAGUUCAACAGCUAAACAGUCAUAAAAUAGUCAUUGUGCAUGUUAACAUUUCUUUCAACUAUAAAACAAAUUCCAACUUCUACUUGCUUAUUCAUUGUGACAGUAUUACUAAAGGUAAGGAUGGGAAUAUUUUGUUAUACCGUGUAUAGUGAAUGUAUUGUACUGUGUCUGUGAAAACUGUGCUUUAAAUUAUAUUUUCAUAUGUUUUGUUGUUUGGGACAGAGCACAUUAAGUUUGAAAGUGACAGAGGUUUUAGAACUGAAGACAACUUAAUGAAUCAAAAUCCUGUCAAGAAAAGCUGCUUAUAAAUGUAGAUGAAAUUGCAUUUUAAAUAAACUGUCUCUGACCCAAAAUAAACA